ACACAUUUCUCCUUCAGUAUAUCACCUUCCCAUUUUUAUAUCUUUCUAUUCCCUCUAUCCUUUCCUCUUGUUCUCUCCAUCUCUUCUGACUACAUUUCUCUUUUUUCACUUAUCCACAUACUGGCAACAACACUAUACCUUUUUUAAACACAGGAUUUUUCCCUAAUCUGUGACCGCGUCCAUCAACACUCGGAUAUACUCGUAGAAUUCUCAAGGUCAUUCUCUAAGGAUCUUUCAUUCAGCGUUUGUCACUGGCAUUGGUACGCUGCCGCCCUGCCGCUGCCACCGAUUGAGCAAUGAGGGGACGCCUCAUAUACCACCGGUACCUGUAGCUUCAUGAAACAAAUGGAUUAAUUCCUGGUUGAUACUUUAUAAUAGGAAUGGAUCAUUCCAGCGGUGUUAUUGUCAGUCAGCCAAGGGCUUUGCCUUCUUUCACUUCCACGUGGACAUGCCUCUGACAUAAUCGCAGCAUAGUAAACAAAAGCGGUGUUUCUUGGGCCAUCCCGACCGAGAUUACCCCCUUCGGUUGUUGUCUUCUUGUGCAUGACGAAGUGGCAUAUCAUCCCCUUUCGCUCUCUCUCACUCUCUACCAGCGACUGAUUAGUGUUUUUGUCCCCGGUCGGCAAGAAUGUUUCCUUAUCCAGAGUGUGUGAUUAUGACCCGGGAGCUUUGAAAUAGGCGGGAGAGAGGAAAAGGGGGGAAAGCUGGUGCCUCAGGGGGAUUCUAGGACACGUGCGGAAUAAGUUUUGUGGGGAUUGUCAUCCCUUACCAUUGAUCGAUGAUCCCUCGUUACUACCGCAGUGACGGUGCAGUGGUGAGAAUGAAGACCUACUUGCAUGCAGAUGAACUGAAUGAGCUUAUAAAGUGCAUGGUAUGUGGAGAUACAUCAACAGGUUUUCAUUACGGGAUACACUCAUGUGAAGGCUGCAAGGGUUUCUUCAGGCGGAGUCUCAACCAACAUGAAUCCUACACAUGUUCAAAUAAUGGACAAUGUGAGAUAUCCCUCUACACGAGAAAUCAGUGUCAACUCUGCAGGUGGAAAAAAUGUCUUGGUGUUGGCAUGUCAAAAGAUGGAUCCAGAUUAGGUCGGAGAUCAAAACGGAUGAUAGAAAAGAUGCAUGAGACCAUCGCCAAACAACGAAAUCAGGGGGACAUGACAGUGAAGCCAGCGGGUUUCUAUAGCAACCAUCCAGACCUGUUUGCCCAAGGGAAGUACGGACCAGGCGGAAUGCCACCAGGAGGCAUGAACCAUCCAGGUGGUCCUCAGGGAGCUAUGCUAGGACACCAUAUGCCUCCAGGGAUGGGUGGUAUGCCUAUGGGAGGCAUGGGUGCCAUGUACGGCCAUCCUUCUAUGGGAGGUGGAAUGGGGGGAUUCCCCAUGGCAGCCAUGUUGGGAGGAGAUGGGCAAGUCAAUCCACAGGUGGUGAUGGAACAUAUGCGCUCCAUCUCCACCAUCAUCAAACAAGAACUUGAGCAAGGGGGUCAGGAACGAGACCCUCCUUCCUUUAACGAAACCUCAACACCACCUGAGGGCUCCCCACCACCGAUCCACAGUCGACGAUCGUCGGUCACGGGAUGUCAAGACACAUGCCCAUCAGCCACCAUGCAGCAGAGUGCCAUGCAAUCACCGACAAUCACGAGUUUAUCAACCCCACCGUUCAGGGCAGGAGAUCCCAGAGGCAAUGGCGUCGAUCUGUAUUCAGCUGUAAAAUUGAGUUCACCAGGUAAUAACACUGCACAGAGGCAAGACACCUCACCGAGCGUACCCCAGAGUAAGUUUGAUAAGUUUGAGGAGGAGUAUUCGCAUUGUGCAUACCGCUCAGAAAGUGCCCCUAAUAGUAAUGAGCCGCCCACCGCCAUGGAGGUGGACGAAGCUGCGUACAGCAGGCUACCUAUGUCUACCAUCUCAAAGAUGCUACGAUCAGGACAACCUGUUAUAUUAAUACCUAAAGACGUCUCCCGGGAAGGGAGGGAAGGAGAAAAGGGGCACAGGGAUGUAGUUAUACCACCAAGUCCAACAGUAGUGGUGAUUGACAAUCAGAAAGAACUCGAUGCAGAUAUGGACGAUCGUGAACGUGAUGAUGACGAAGAGAAGAGUAACAGAUCAGACAGCAGAGAUUCCCCGUCAUCUUCGAAAUACGCGCACGGGGUGUCAAUGAAGCGACGCAAGUCACUAGAGGAAUUCCCGCUCCCACACGGCAAGCAGAUCACUUCAUAUUCACCGCUUCAGGGCCACAGUGGCCAAUUUUUUCAAAUUCCCUCAUCCUUCCCUCAGGGUAUGUCCCCGGCAACAUUCCUGCCCUCCCAUUCACCUCUGGGUUCUCCCUGGUCUCCUAUUGCCAUGACCAGACCUCCUCUUGCAAUCUCCUCAUCCUUCAUGCCAGCCUCUCCCCCUCACCUCUCCAUGGCCAUGUCCCCCAUGGGUAGUCCCUUCAUGGUCCACAACGCCAAAAUGCACCAUGCCGCCUCCAUGGAUCGCAAGAGCAACCAUUCACCUCUCAAUCCCAAAUCUCCUCACAACCCGCUCCAUCAAAGAGUCCGGUCAACGCCAGACCCCGAUAAGUCCGAGAGGUCGCCGUCCUUCUCUCCAUCCCUUCAUCCGUCGAAGUCACCGUCAUCUCCUCAUCAGAACCACAAGCCAUUCAUCAAGGAGGAACCUGGCCUGCAGGAUGAACCAAAGAUUGACGCUCCUAGAAGUGGAAUGCUGGAGAACUUCAACCCCAAUGAACCCAUCACGCCAGAGAUGAAGACAAAGCUUGAGAAGAUCAUUCAUGAUGUCAACAAGGUCUACCAUGACACCUGCCAUUAUACCUUCAGAAGAAUUAAAUUCUUGAGGGAACGAUAUUUCCCUCAGCUUGGAGAAGAUGAAGAACUUAAUGGAAGGUUACACUCCAAGUACGACCACGACUGCAGCAAGUGUGACCCUCCUCCAGGAUUCCCCACCGGUCCCAUCCCACCCAGGGAGUUGGAUCCCGCUGACGGCCCCAUCGAUGGUCAGAAGAUGUGGACCUUCUUCUCCAACAAGUUCACCAGUCAAAUUACCAGGAUUGUCAACUUCAGUAAGAUGAUCCCUGGCUUUAAGCAGCUGGACAGAGAGGAUCAGAUCACGCUCAUCAAGACAGGACUAUUUGAAGUUUUGACGAUACGAUUCUCAACCGUCGUUGACGUGGCAACCAACACAGUGUACUGGUGGACGACGGGGGACACCUUCAGCCUGGUCGACGCCCACAAGAUGCCCAUGGGCAAUCUGUUUGAUCUCCUCUUUGACUUUGGUCAGAGGGUUAAUCGUAUGAUGCUGGAUGAUAGCGAGUAUGCUCUGAUGUCGGCAGUGGUCAUCAUGUCAGCAGAUCGACCUGGUCUCAAGAACCGUAAGCUGAUAAGGGAAGUCCAGCUUGAUCUCCUCAAGGCCCUACAGCUUGAGAUCAGCGACAACCACCCGGACGACGACCAGCUCUUCUUCCGGCUACUCACGACCAUCCCCAAGCUACGUGAGAUCAGUCCAGAGCACACGCGCCGCCUGAUGGACCUCAAGAUACGCCAACCUGGUGUCAGCUUUCCGCCCCUCCAUGCCGAAAUCUUUGAUCUGGAUAAAGAAGAUGCUGCUGAGAGCAGUUAGCGUGGUCCAAAAUUGUCCAGGAUAUAUCAGAAUUUACUAAAUUUUGUCUAUUUUUUGAGAUUUUCAGUUGAUACUUAUAUGUGUAUGCAGAGAAUGGUGUUGCAUAUGAUACUCAUUAUGACAAUACUGCCAGGGUGAAUAUAUCUUUUUUUGUGGCAGCUAUCACAAUUGUAAAUGGGUGUGUUUACAUUUUACCGUUUUUUUUUCCUGAUGGAACAGAAAAAAUUCUAUCUUGAAUAAAGAUAAUGCUCGUGUAUCUUGUAACUUUUGCUAGAAAGAGGUUACCCUACAAAGUCUUGCUUAUUUAUAUCUGUUAGAAAUGAUCAUCAUGGCAUUUCUAAGAAUUAUCAGGCCACUCUCAGAAAGAUUGAUUUAUUGUUUUUUUAACCCCCUUUGGGUGAUCAAAAAAUAUCUUCAUGGUUUAUUAAACAAUAUUAUUUCAUACCAGUAAUUUGGUUUUUAUCUGUUUGAUUUUAAGCUAACCAUGUACAUGUACCAUAGACAAUUGAAUUAUCCUUUUUACUGUAAAACAAUCUUAACCUUCUUCAAAUUUUCAAUCAUUUGACUAUGUCCAUAAUCAGGAAAUUUUAAUUGCAUCAUUAUUAUUGAGCUAAUUUCAAAACUUUUUUUUUUAUUUGAGCGAAAUCAUUUUCAAAGUAACUCUCCAACUGCCAUUAUCAUUUUCUACAGUUUGUUCCAUUCUGCUUAUUCAACAGAAAUUAAAAUUGACUUGUGUAUGGCCCAAUUUGUGAAAAUAUAGGAUUUAUUGGGUGAACACAUUUUAUACUCUUUAUAUCGCAACAUUUUAAAGUAUAUUACAUGAAAUGAAUAAGAGGAUCAAAUUAUCAAAUACUGCCUGAUGCAAUUUUUCCCCAAAUUUUAUUUUCCUUGAAAGUGUUCUAUCCAGUAGUAGCUCUUGAAGCUAUUUAUGAUAUUUUUAUGAUGUUAAAAAGAAUCACAAAUCUUUAUUUUCGGAAACGAGAUUGAAAUAGAAGAAAUAUCCAAUAAAUCAUAUACAGAGUACAACUGCCUGGAAAAAUACAGCUCCAAUGCAAAACAAAUUAUCAAACCUAAGUAGCAUCCAUAUAGAUUUGAUGUGUUAAUGAAUUGUAUCAAAAUAUCCAGUGGAUAGAUUGAUUUUAACUGUUGACUGAGUUGUUAUUAUUAUUGUGCUUUUGAGUGAUUCAAAAUUUUUGAUCAAUUACUAUUUUUUUUAAUUUGUUUUAUUUAACUGAUUCCUUCAUCUUCAAAAUAUUUUUUGUGUAUGUUGUUUUGGUAGGUUUGAAAUUAAUUACUUUGAGGUGUUUGCCAUAUUCCAUAUAAUGAAUUUAAAGAUAUCAGGCAACAUUAGACUUUUUUUUUCUUUCAUAUUCAUGGCAUUAAACAACCUUUUCAAUCAAUAUGAUUCUAAAACACGUGUCUCGAUGACGUUUUUAGUCAUGAUAUGUCAUAUUUUGUUUGAUUUUGAUACUAUCCAUAUUUUUUGCUUAAACCUGCAGCUAAUUUGUAUAAUACUAAAAUGAAAGAUUGAGUAAUAAUUCUGUGUGUGAUAGCAUCAUACGUUUUGCAUUGAAUAGGUUAAUGGACACCAGGGUCACUUUUAUAGUAGCUUGUAACUGUAGCUUAUAACAGAGUGGA